GAAGCGGCUUCCGGCUUCCGGCAGAGUCGUGGGUCGUCGUGCGCAGCCGCCAUGGCAGCUGAGGAGAAGGAUCCUUUGAGCUAUUUUGCGGCAUACGGGAGCAGCAGCUCAGACUCCUCGGGCGAGGAGGAUAACAGCGAGCCGGAGGAAACGAGUCCGAAGGGCCCGGAUCUGGCGAAGUCGGCGGGCGGCUGUGGGAACAAGGCAAAGAAUCGACUGCCCGGACCUGAUGAGCUGUUCCGGAGCGUGACUCGCCCAGCCUUUCUCUAUAAUCCGCUCAACAAGCAGAUAGACUGGGAGAGGCACGUCGUCAAAGCGCCUGAGGAGCCUCCAAAGGAAUUCAAAAUAUGGAAGUCAAACUAUGUGCCACCUCCAGAGACCUACACUACUGAGAAGAAACCUCCGCCUCCAGAGCUGGAUAUGGCAAUAAAAUGGUCGAACAUAUAUGAGGACAAUGGUGAUGAUGCCCCACAGAAUGCUAAGAAAGCUAGGCUUCUACCAGAAGGAGAGGAGACAUUAGAAUCAGAGCCUUGUGAAACCACAUGGGAAAAUGUGGAAAUGAGAACUUAACGUGACUUGUCCGAGGUCACAAAACUAGAAAAUACAUGCUCUAAAAUAGAUGAUGAAAAAGAUGAGCAUACUUCAAAAAAGCGCAAAGUAGAACCAGGAGAACAAGCAAAGAAGAAAAAGUAAACAACCACAAGUGACAAGAAUUUUUGGACUACUAAACUUGUUGAAAUGUGUCUUUGGGCAGAUUAAUUUGAUGUUAUGGGUUAUUAUGACAAAACAUCUCUGUGAAAGUACAUAUGUUAAUGAACUAAUAAGUAUUGCUUCAAGAACUUUCCACUGUAGAAUUCAUUUUUAAUUUAAAACUUGUAUGUAUUUAAAAUUCAAAUGGUGAUCUGUGAUUGUGAAAUUAACAGUACUUGGAAGCAUUCUUGUUAUCACAUAAUUGGUGACAUGCUUUGAGAGUUUUGUCACAUAUUGACAUGGAAAUGUUCUAUGAACCUUUUAUAAAGGAAUAUAUUUUUAAAGUGAAUAUAUUGUAAUGUACUGUGAACUUGUAGGGUGCUUUUCAUCAGUGUUUGUACAGUGUAAAUAGAUCAUGGAAAUAAAAUUACUUAUUCAAUAUUACUCUUACUGCAUAAUAUCAACAUUUGAAUAUUUGUGACAAGUACCUUCCUUGUGACAAGGAGGAAUUACCAUUGGGGGAGUGCCUCAUGUUCCAGGUGCUUUGUAUAUAUGUUAUCUCUAAUCCUCAAGCAGCUUUGUAAGAAAAGUACUAGUAUCCCGUUUUAUAAUAAAGAGAGCUUGAGUAACGUG